UGUCACCCCGCGCGCAGGCUGCACACGGAACCCCGGCGCGGCCCCGUGCAGCCGCGGACUCGGACGCCUCGGGGGCCCGGGAGCGCGGAGGAGCCAUGGCCACCACCAACGGGGCCGUGGAAAACGGGCAGCCCGACAAGAAGCCGCCGGCCCUGCCGCGCCCCAUCCGCAACUUGGAGGUCAAGUUCACCAAGAUAUUUAUCAACAACGACUGGCAUGAAUCCAAGAGUGGAAAAAAGUUUGCCACGUACAACCCUUCCACCCUGGCGAAAAUAUGUGAUGUGGAAGAAGGAGAUAAGCCCGACGUAGACAAAGCCGUGGAGGCCGCCCAAGCCGCCUUUCAGAGGGGAUCCCCGUGGCGCCGUCUCGAUGCCCUGAGUCGUGGCCGGCUGCUGCACCAACUGGCGGACCUGGUCGAGAGAGACCGGGCCAUCCUAGCUACGCUGGAGACCAUGGACACGGGCAAGCCCUUCCUCCAUGCCUUCUUCAUCGACCUCGAAGGCUGCAUCAAGACCCUGCGUUACUAUGCAGGGUGGGCAGACAAAAUCCAAGGCAGGACCAUUCCCACAGAUGACAACGUGGUCUCCUUCACCAGACAUGAGCCCAUCGGCGUGUGCGGUGCCAUCACUCCAUGGAACUUCCCCCUGCUGAUGCUGGUGUGGAAGCUGGCACCGGCCCUCAGCUGCGGGAACACGGCCGUGCUGAAGCCGGCGGAGCAGACGCCCCUCACCGCACUCUACCUCGGCUCGCUGAUAAAAGAGGUCGGGUUCCCUCCGGGUGUGGUGAACAUCGUGCCAGGAUUUGGACCCACAGUGGGGGCCGCCAUUUCUUCUCACCCUCAGAUCAACAAGCUGGCCUUCACCGGAUCCACAGAGGUCGGGAAGCUGGUGAAGGAAGCGGCCUCGCGGAGCAAUCUGAAGAGGGUGACGCUGGAACUGGGGGGCAAGAACCCAUGCAUCGUGUGUGCAGAUGCGGACUUGGACCUGGCCGUGCAGUGCGCGCACCAGGGCGCCUUCUUCAACCAGGGCCAGUGCUGCACCGCCGCCUCCAGGGUGUUCGUGGAGGAGCAGAUCUACCCCGAGUUCGUCCGGCGGAGCGUGGAGUACGCCAAGAAGCGGCCGGUGGGGGACCCCUUCGAUGUGGAAACAGAGCAGGGCCCGCAGAUAGACCAAAAGCAAUUUGACAAGAUCCUGGAGCUGAUCGAGAGUGGGAAGCGGGAAGGGGCCAAGCUGGAGUGCGGGGGCUCAGCCACGGAGGACAGUGGGCUCUUCAUCAAGCCCACCGUCUUCUCAGAAGUCACGGACAACAUGCGGCUUGCCCGGGAGGAGAUUUUUGGACCAGUGCAGCCAAUACUGAAGUUCAAAAACAUUGACGAGGUCAUCAAACGGGCCAAUGACACGGACUACGGGCUCACUGCGGCCGUGUUCACCAAAAACCUGGACAAGGCGCUGAAGCUGGCGUCGGCGCUGGAGUCCGGAACAGUCUGGGUCAACUGCUACAAUGCACUCUAUGCACAGGCUCCAUUUGGUGGCUUUAAGAUGUCAGGAAAUGGCAGAGAACUAGGUGAAUACGCACUGGCCGAAUACACAGAGGUCAAAACGGUCACCAUCAAACUCGACGACAAGAACGCCUGAAGAAGGCAGGCUCCGGGCUCAGAUGCUGGAUGACGGGAGGUGGCCAAUGAAACACACCAAGGAAACCACGUACCAUCUGCCAUCGACCCCCGGCCCCCAGCCCCUUUCCUCUGAACGCCUCCACGCUACUGGAGAGGGAUGGCUUUUCCUUCCAUCUCCUCCUUGUGUUCUGUUGCUCAAACUCUGGACGCCUGCCAUCAGGCCGGGUGUGAGCGAUCACGCCUGCCUGACAGGGGAGCUGUGGAGCCCUUUCUGAGGGCUCUGUGAACGCAACCUGGUAUUAAGAUGUGUCCAGAUAUGGCUUCCGGUUAGAACUGGGAAUCAGCUCCCUUCCCCUGAGGGUCACUUGUGCACAAAAUGAGACCCUGAGGGGAGGGUGGGCCUGUCCAGAGGAAAGGACUGGCACUAAGACUAAAAUGCAUAUGGAAAUGAAAGGGUUUCGAGGGUGUGAUGCAGGAAUCUUUCGGGAGGGCAUCCAGGGACCUGGGCAUGUACAGGUGUGGGUUCUGAGGACUGCAUGUUGACAUUGACCUUGAGGUUCACCUUGAGACGAAUCCAGCCUUGGGAAUAGGAUCAAGCUAAAGAGCUCACUCUCAAAUGAUGUCAUGGGCUACCUUCACAUGGGCACUUUCUGAGCUGGAGGACAGUGUUAGGUCGUCUGCUGUUGAGGACCUAGCACCUACCCUAUCAGCACAAUGACAGAGCCGAUGUUAGGAUAUAAUUAAGCCCCACCUUUGACCAAUCAGAGUCACAAUCUCUUUUUUUUAAUAAACCAUGCACUCUGCCACAUUCGAUAACCCAUUACAGUGAGUCUAUAUACUUUUCCUUGACCUUGGUUCCAUGAUUCAUUUUGGCUAGUAAAAUGUACACACUGGAAAGAUUAGGCUGAUAGUCCAUCUCUGCUUUUUGGAAGUCUGAUCCGGGCAUUCGUUUCUGAUUAGCUAAUAAGUACCAUCUAGGGGACAUGGAGAAACUGUGAGGAGCCUCAUUAUUCCACUAAGUGAUCAAAUUUGCUUUUCCUCUGGAUGGAUGCAAAUAAUGUGUAAGUCAUUUCACCUGUUAACUCUGGGCGCCAACGGUACCUGCCUACAGCUUUAAACAGCAAACCAAACAAAUUGAGUUUAUUCAGGUUCUCUUACUGUUAUUAUCUAAGACUUUUCUUAUUGGGAAAAGGGGUGCUUGUGUCUAAGGAUUAAGUUGGAGGAGUGAUGUCAGUACUGAAACAUUAUGAUCAGAAGCAGCAUGUGACUAAAGAAAAAUCCUAUUUGGGUUAAGGGUAUCAUCCUUGUCAAAGAUAAGUAAUUCACCUUCCUCCAUUGGAAACCUUUAUCGCUUAUGUUACCAGUAAAGUUGUUACAUUGAAAUUUCUCCUCGUCCAUGACACUACUUUUCAAAGUAGUGCAUUAGACAGUUCUUAUUCUUCCACUGUAUGUAUGAUAAUGCCUUUAAGAUGGAAUUCAACCUUAUUUAUAAUGGCUAUCGUUAAUGUAUCUUUUUAUAGCUGUAAGUACACAGAGGUGGUAUAUUUAACCUUCUGUAAUAUACUGUAUCUAGAAAUGCAAAGCUAUAUGUUAGAUUUCACUCCUUUUAAAAAUGUACCCACAUGGGAUGGUUUUUAAAAUGGCCAUACUGAUUCUAACUGCAGACUGUGUUCAACAAUGAUAAAUAAAAUGGGGUAUUUCAGAAA